GCGCGUGGCUGCACGUGGCCGCACCGGGCGCCCUCGGCGGAGCUGCGUGGCCAUGGAUGUGGGCGCCGACGAGUUCGAGCAGAGCCUCCCUCUGCUGCAGGAGCUCGUCCUGGGCGCGGACUUCGUGGGUCUGGACAUCGAGUUCACGGGCCUUCGUUCUAACCAGUCCCGGCCCCAGCAGAUCAGCCUGUUCGACCUGCCCUCGGAGUGGUAUCUAAAGACCCGUCAGAGUGUUCAGCAAUUCACAAUCUGUCAGAUUGGAUUGUCUGUGUUUUCCAGUAUUGAAGGAGAGUCAAACAAGUAUGUAGCCCAUUCAUGUAACUUCUUUCUCUUCCCCACGACGUUUGGGGUUUUGGAUUCGGAGUUCUCUUUCCAGGCUUCCAGUGUCCAGUUUCUGAAUCAGUAUGGCUUCGACUACAACAAGUUUCUCAAAAACGGGAUCCCAUAUAUGAAUGAAGAACAGGAGAAGAAAAUCAAACACAACAUCCUGACUGGGAACUGGAAAGUUCGCAGUUCUCUGGAUAAAGACCAGAUCAAGGUGGUGAUUGAUGAGGUGACACGGUGGCUGGACCUGGCGGAGGAGGGCGACUGGAUGACUCUCCCUGGUAUUGCUGGCUUCCAGGCCUUUGAGAUCCAGCUGGUGCUGAGGCAGGCCCUCCCCAACAUCUGGACGGUCCUGAGAGACCAGGGGAUCAUAGUGAAAAAAGUGAGCAAACAGCAUCGCUGGUACCUUGAGAACACCUCCUGCGAUCGAGAGAGCUGUUGGAAGGAGAAGAUUCUUCUCUCUGCGAGGGGUUUUUCUGUGUUUUUCCAGAUGCUGGUGAAAGCCCAGAAGCAGCCCUUGGUGGGCCACAACAUGAUGACAGACCUACUGCAUCUGCACGAGAAGUUCUUCCGGCCGCUUCCAGAAAGCUAUGAUCAAUUUAAGCUGAAUAUUCACAACCUAUUUCCUGUUCUCAUUGACACCAAGAAUGUGACAAAGGACAUCUGGAAGGAACUGAAUUUCCCAAGGGUUUCAAAUCUCUCAGAAGUUUAUGAAGUCCUAAACAGUGACUUGAAUCCUACCAAAAAUUCCGGGCCAGUGAUUAUUCACGCAAGCAAGUGCGAAAAAUACGCUGAGACCAAGUACCCCCACGAGGCUGCGUAUGAUGCUUUCCUCUGUGGCUCAGUUCUUCUGAAAGUGGCACAUUUGCUCCUGUGGAGAGUACAUGGAGCUGGCUCCCUGCCUGAGCUGUCCUUCCCUCUGUACCUCGAUGUGCUGGCUCCCUAUGUGAACCAGGUGAAUCUUAUCCGAGCCGGGGUCCCUAAGAUCAACUUUUCUGGUCCAGAUUACCCCAGUAUCCGACCUCCCAUCCUCCUCCUCAGCGUCCGGAGGUGGCCUGGGGUCAGCGAGCAGCAAGUGUAUCGUGAGUUUCAGAAUCUCUGCAAGUUCGAUGUCCGGCGACUGUCACGGAGCCAGUUCCUGCUCUUGACCAAUAAGUUCAAGGACGCUCGGAGCAUCCUGAGGGAGUACCGGGGCCACCCCACCCUGCAGAUCUCCCUCUAUCGGUACUGGAGACACUCCCCUGACAUCAACUGCUUGUUGCAGGUCUGUGGCGUGGUGGCCACCUGGGCCCUCCUCGCUCUCGUCCUCGGAAGACCUGACCCCUGAGCGUGGCCUGCAGCCUCUGUCCCAUCUCCGUGCCUCUCCGGGACAGCCGUCCGCAUGGGGCUCCUGUGGCUUUUGUGUAAAUCGUACCUUUCUCUGCAGACCGAUCUGUGCAGUCCUCAUGAGGAACUUUGUUUUCAAAUGUCAAAUUGUAUAACUAUUAUCAACGAUAAAGAAAUCCUUAGAAGUGGAA